GAGCUCGAGCUGUGGCUCCCCGGUCCUAGGGGAGGGGAAGGAACGGGAACUGGGCUGUGGGUAUGGCCGCCGGGGAGGAGGCGAUGGGCAGCAGCAUGGAUUUUCAGGAAUGCUGGCAAAUGUUUGAAGCUAAGAUACAAAGCUAUGCAGGUGAUGAUCCACUGGAUCUAUGGGACAGGUUUUUACAGUGGGCAGAACCUUUACUUCCCCCUGCAGAGAAAGGCAUAUUGGUCUCGGUGUUAGAGAGACUCGUGAAGAAUUUUAUGGAUGAUAAGAAGUAUUACAAUGAUCCAAGAUAUAUCAACUACUGGUUGAAACUGAUAAACUGCAGCACAACACCACUUGAUUUUUACAACUAUAUGUACAAUCAAGGGGUUGGCAUAAAGUCAGCUGCCCUUUAUCUUGCGUGGGCACAGGUGCUCGAGAUGAAAGGCAAUUUUCAGAUAGCAGAUAGCAUCUUUCAGAAAGGCAUUCAAAAUGUUGCAGAGCCAGUGGAUAUGUUGAUCCAUCACUAUGGGUGUUUCAGGGCUCGAGCAUCUCAAAACCUUUUUCCAGUAAAAACAGAAAAUCUGAUAAGAUCUAAACCUGGAUCUCCGGGAAACCGAUAUAGUGUGGUUUUUGCAGCUCAAAAUGGCUUUCUACAUGGAUCUUUGGAGAAUUCCCAGUUUGUCAGUCAAGACUUGUCUGCUUUGAAUAAAUUUGGUUUGAAUGCAGGGCCUGUGGGUCUAGAGACAUUUCCCAAAUCUCAGGAUUUGCAUCCACAGGUAUUACAGAACAGCAUACAUAAUGGCUGUAAUGGACAGCAACCUACACUUGCUCCUUGUGGUACAGAGUCUAACAGUUUAAUUUCAAAUGCAUCUAAGCUUGUGCAUCAAAACGAUGGUCACGGUAAAAUUCAGGAAGCACCCGGUGAACUGCAGCAAGUCAUCAUGUACCAUAAAGAUGUUCUCUUUUCUGGAGAUAAAGAGAUGUGUUUUGAAGAAAUUCGAGCUAAGGAUCACAUUGCGCGAAGCCAACACAAAGAAAAGGAGGAAUGGAAGGAAAUGUUCACAGCAUCCAAAUCUGAUGAGAUCAAAUCACUGGAGCAGAAACUGGAACAACUGAAAGUGCAACUGAAGUUAACUCAGGACCGGGAGCAAGAAAUACUGCAGACGUCAUCCCAAAAUGCCUUGCAGCUGAUUCCUGCCUCAUCACUACUACCCACCAAGUCUGCUGCAGAAUCUUCAGCUACUGUUUUACAAAUGAAAACAGACAGAAGAGAAGGAAAUGAACAAAAUUCGUCUUUAGGAGCUUGUGCUGGAACAGUCACAACUGCAAAUUUUGCUGUCGCUCCUUUGCAACAACACCAAUGUGGGGUGUCAUCGUUGUUGCCAACAAUAGAUCAUAAGCAGAGAUCUUCUGAAAUUCAAUCUGGAUUUGGAAUUUAUGGAGAGCCAGAGAAAAGCUUCAGUGACACAUGGGCACAAGUGGACCCUCUAUCUGGAUCUAUAGUUACGGGUAUAAACGAGAGCAUCAGUAGGGAACAGUUUAUGAAUAGAAGUGGUAACAGUUCUAGGAUCUCUCUCUCAAGACCAAGAGAAGGAAAUGUUUCCGGAUUAAUUGGGAAUAGAUCCCACACUCCAAACUCUUCAUUUGGCUUAGUUCAAGCUACUCCAUCCAAAGUUCUACCUUCACCAACUGUUUAUACCAAAGAAGCAUUGGAUACUAUAAUGGACAUGUUUCAGGCACCGGUGAUCCCUGAAUUACCCCAAGUGGAUGAAAAUGGGGAUGCGUUUGUAGAAGAUCAAAUGGAGGCACAAGAUGAAGAUUCCAAAGCGUUUUGUAAAAAGAAUGACAACCAACAAUCCAUGGAAAUUCUGGGUAUGAACUUGGCUCCACCUUCCACUGUUCCAUUUUCUAUCUUUGAAGAUGAUUCUGGUGGUGUAAAUAGCAUGCAAAAUGAUUUGAAUAGCAAACCUGCAGAAUCGAGGCCAUGGAGAGAACUGUCCGAGAAACAAUUCACGGCUAGUAAAACAAAGGAUAUAGAUGAUCAAGCUGUUUGGGCUGUUUGUGAUAACAGAACCCUGGCAAUCAAUCCCAAUGAUACAGAGGAUUUUGCCUUUGCAGCCCCACUAGCAUCAACUCCAUUCUAUGGGGUACCACCACAACCAAAGCAAGAUUCAGAGGAUUACAGCGAAGAAAAUACACAACUUAGCAACGAUGGGAAUGUGGCUCUUCGUUCAUCAGAGGAAGAAUGCAUUCGGCUUGCCAAAAUCAGAAAAAUUAGUCCUAUUCAGGAUCUAGGAUCAGAACCCAUCAGUCGCACAUCAGCCCCUGCUGUUGACCCUAGUAUUAAUUGUCAGGAUGUAUCCAAUGAACCACCAAUCUCUGAAGAGUUUCAGAUGAUUGACGAGAAACUAGAAUCGUGCAGCCUGCUUAACCUUGAAGAGUGUCUCAAACCUGAACAAUCGUUUUGCUGUCUACAGGAAAUGUACUGCAGUGAUGUACAGUUUGAGGAGCCGGUUGAAACCCCAGCAGAAAAUGGUGUAAUCAUUAAGAAUCCUUGGGACAAGAAUCUUAUCAAUGAACUUCUGUCAAAUCUAGCCAAACCAUUGAGUUCCUAUGGCAAUUUUUUAAAUUGGGAGGACAAUAUGCCUGCCGUCAGACCAAAAAUCAACCUUCAUUUAGGGAAUGAAGUGUUCCAGGUUGCUCAUUUGCUUGGACAGGGGUCCUUUGCUCAUGUUUACCAAGCUACAAUCCUGGAUAUGAAUAAUUUGUCUGAUGUGAAAAACCAACAAAAAGUGAGCUUAAAGGUUCAAAAAACAUCUAAUCCCUGGGAAUUCUACAUAAGUACUCAACUAAAUGAGAGAUUGAAGCCCAGGUUUUAUAAUCUCUACAACAAUGUCUACUCUGGACACUACUUUAAGAAUGGCAGUAUUUUGGUUGGAGAGCUAUUCAGUUUUGGAACUUUACUGAAUGCAGUUAAUCUAUAUAAAACAAUAAAUGAAAAAGCAAUGCCUCAACCCUUGGUGAUCUACUUUGCCAUCCACAUUCUGUAUAUCAUGGAACAGCUGCAUGGUAUUGGAAUAAUUCAUGGUGAUGUAAAACCUGACAAUUUUAUACUUGGAGAAAGGUUCCUGGAUGGUGUAGGCAGUGUUGAUGAUACCUUAUCGCAAGGAUUGACAUUGAUUGACUUUGGUCAAAGCAUAGAUAUGAAGUUAUUCCCUCAAAAUACAGUUUUUGUGGAAAACUGUAAGACAUCAGGCUUCCAAUGUAUUGAAAUGCUGUCAGAAAAACCAUGGACAUUCCAGACAGACUACUUUGGAAUUGCUGCCACAGUUCACUCUCUUCUCUUUGGCACAUACCUGAAAUUAAAGAAAGAACAGGGUGUCUGGAAGGUCAAUGCAACUUUUCAAAGAGGUCAUCAUGCAGAUAUGUGGAAUCAUUUCUUUAAUACCUUGUUAUACAUUCCCAACUGCCAGACUCUGCCAUCACUUCAAGAUCUACGGGAAAAGCUGGUGUCACUCUUUAAGGAGCUGUAUACAAAAAAACUGAAAUCACUUAGGCAGCGGUUAAUGGUACUUUUACUCGAAAAUAAGCCUUCACAAAAAAAGAAUGUAAAUUGAAAAGUUGUCUAAGUCCAGAUUGUGUAAAUAGAAAGACCUUUGUAUUUCAUUCCUGUUAAUGAAAUAUUAAUAGCAAUAUGUAAGUGUAAGUGCUCAUAAUGGUGGAAUCUAGAUUAAAGCUUUUGACAUCAA